CCACCACCAAACUUCCUUCCCGACCCAGCUCGUGACGCCUCGCCCCGACGCCGCCGCGCACACACCACACCGUACCCCUUCGACGCAACCUCCUGCAACGCGCAGCAGCAAGUGCAUAAUCGCAGGAUACACUCCCCUCCCCGCCUCGAUCCCACGCGCGGGACUGCGCGCAACCAUUGACUGCCGCCACCAUGGCUCCGCGCGCGAGGCGCGGUGACGCCGUUCAACAACAGGCCAUCCACGAGUUUGGAAAACAAGGCCGGAAAACGGGCGUCUUUCUCCCCGACGAUGGAGCGCGCGACGAGCACGGCAUGCAGCCUCUGGAAGCCAUCUUUUCGUCGCCGCGCAAAACGAACGGCGCACACCAUGACGAUGACGACCAAGAUGAUUCUGGCAGCGAGGACAUGGAACUAGCAUCCAGUGGUGGCCCCGGCCCGCGAACCCUGCUACGGAACCAGCGCAACACCAAGCUCCCCCUUCCCAAGAGCAAAUCGCCCCUCAAGACGAACCUGAAGUCCCCUGCGCGUAGGAACCCGCAUAUGGAGCAGCGUCUUUCUUCUCCCACCCGCCGCUCCCUUGGCGGCGACCGCGACACCACCGUGACCCGCCGGCUCGACUUUACCGGUAAGCCCGAUAAGUCGUCCAAGCUCGGCGGUGCCAGGCCAAAGGUCAACGGCGUGGCCAGCAAGAGGCGGCUGCCCUCCUCUAGCGAUGACGAUGACGAAGACAACGACGACGAAUCGAUCAUCGGAGGCCACACCGACCUGGCCGUCGACGACAUGGUGGAGCAGUCGCUGCAAAUGGUCGACGCUAUGGGCGGCGACGAUGACAACAGCGAGCUUGGUGACACGCAAGUCAACGAAUCCGCGCACCAACUACCCGAGGCGGACGAUGACGACGAGCCCCCGGUGAGGAGACCCAGGGGAAGACCGCCAGGCUCUAGUCGCCCGAAGCCGAAUGCUCAACAGCCGCCACCAACUAAGAAAAGGAGGUCGCUCAGGGGCUCGACCGGCGGCGACGACGUGGGCGGCACGCGACAGGAGGAAGAAGACGACGACGACGAUGAGCCACCGCGGCAGGCCAAACGCCCGCGGACAAAGGCUCCGUCCGCUUCCAAGGCAGCGCCCGCACCGACGAAGCCGCAACGAGAACCGGCCAGCAAGGCCAAAGGGGCCAAGACGACCAAUUCCAACCCCAACCCCAACCCCAAGGAAGUUACGCAACCGGCGGAGAAGCCAAAGGCAAAGGGCCGGCCGUCCAAGAAGGCCAGGGCGCUGGAACCGAUCGGAGAGGACGCAGGGGAAGCUUCCUUCAUGGCCUUGCAGCGCGGGCCCCCUAUGCCCAAGUCGCGCGGCCUCGUCUCGGUGCGCCGCGACCCCGACGCCGUGAGCCAGACACGGUCCGGCCGCCACUCGUACCGGCCCGUCGAAUACUGGCGCGGCGAGCAGGUGAUCUGCGAAGAGGAAGAGCAAAACGACGCCUUCCACCGCGAUGAAUUCGUUGUGCCAACCAUCAAGGAAAUCGUCCGCGUCCCACACGAAGCGCCGCCCUCACGCCGCGCGCCGCGCAGCAAGGCCCGCGCUAAUGCCAAGGGCAAGAACAGCCUGGCCGUGGUCGAGGACGAGGAACUUGAGGAGUGGGAGCUCAAUCCGGGCACCGUGACGGGCGAGAUCGUCCUGUGGGAGCCCGAGCACGAGGAGCACCCGCCUGCCGACGACGAGCCCGUCCAGGUCAUGGACGACCGCAUCGCCAUCUCGGCCGACGCCAUCCAGACCUCGGACAUCAAGGACGCCACCUUCCGCUUCGCAAAGACGCUCACCAUGCCCUUUAUGGGCGCUGGCGUCGUCGAUCUACCCCCCGGGGCCGAGAAGCGGCCCAAGAACUCGCGCAAGAUGCACAUGGUCUUUUUCGUCCACUACGGCAAGGUCCUCGUCACCAUCAACGAGGCCCAGUUUCGCAUCUCGGCCGGCGGCACCUGGUUCGUCCCCAGAGGAAACUACUACAGCAUCACAAACGACUACGACAACCCCAGCCGCAUCUUCUUCGCCCAGGCUUGCGAGGUCCGCGCCCCCGACCCAGACGCCUCGCAGCUGCACAACGACACGACGGGCGCCCUGGGCUACUGAGAGAGAGGAAAUCCGAUGCCGCCGCCGCCACCAUUGUGUUUGUCACCUGCGAUCCGCCGCCUAAGAGAGAGGGGGGGCUUUUAACCCCGAUGGCCCAGUACAUAUUAUGCUCUCUCAUCUGCCCCCCUCUCUCCCUCUCUCUCUCUCCACCUCUCCCACUGGCGCCCACCACCACGCCCGCAACACCACCACGCCUUUUGACAUCCAGAACGAGCCUCUGUUUGCGUCUUCUCAUCUUUAUUCAUCUUUUUGUUCGAACCAUCCGGAGUUUUGGAGGCCAGCGCGAGGGGGAAUUGGUAGGGGGAAUGGCGGGGUUUGGGUGCGCGCGGGGUGUCGCACCCUGUUUUUGUCGUUGUGUGGGCGGGGGGCGGCGAACGGGCUCUCUACUUUUGCCCUCCUCAUCCCCUUGUUUUUUUGUUGACGCGUCCACGAGAUGAUUGUACUACUGUCCAGCCCAGUUUGCUUCGUCUUGGUAUCGUCCAUGCUGCUAUGUCAUUCUCUGCGUGCUAUAUAUCCAGUCAGACAAUUCACCAAGGCGCUCAUUCGCCUCAUCCCCGUGCGGCGGGCAGAUUUGAG